AGCAAAAAUUAAAGCUUGAAUGUUAUCUCGGUCUUUAGCUGCAAGUCCUGUAAUCCAGAUUCCUCCCCUUCCACAGAUUCUCUGUCGCAAACCUCAAAGCGUUGCCCAGAGCCUCCUCUCUCUCUAGAUGCAGAAGAAUGAGUGUGCGAGCUCUUCUUCGGCCAUCUCCCAUCUUUUCCCCUCGACCAAUCUCAUUCGAUUCAAGGAAACGGAGGAGGUUUUUGGGAGCAAGGGUGAAGGCCGACCAGAAGCGAGCGAAUAUUGUGGCCCGGAGAAAGGAGAGAGUGAAGCUUCCACAGUACAUCGAUGGCCAUGGUAGGGCAUUCUCCAUUAGUGAAUUCCUCCACGACCGAUCGGGAGUGGAGGCCUUGCUCAACACCAGGGCAUUGCAAGCUUUCGAAUCGGUUGGCUCUAAUACCUAUAGGUGUACUUUGCAUAAGAUUCAGUUUUUGAUGUUUGAGGUUGCUCCAGUGCUGAUCUUGAGGGUGAUUCCAACUAGUGAGGACUGCACUGUUGAGAUGUUGUCCUGCAAGUUUGAGGGUCCAGAAUAUAUAGAGAAACAAAAUAGUCUAUUUUCAGCUUUUAUGAGAAAUCAUAUAACAUGGAAGAUGGAUGGUUCUGAGCCGUGUUUGGACGUUGAUGUAAAUCUAAGCGUAUCGCUUGAGGUGUAUACAAUACCAUUUAGCUUACUUCCGGUCUCAGCAGUGGAGAAACCUGGAAAUUUGGUUAUGCAAGGUCUUAUUGACAGACUUGUUCCCCUGCUUACCGAGCAGUUGCUGAAUGAUUAUGCAACUUGGGCGGAUCAACAGCUUUAGCAUUUUUCUUAGGUGAACAAAGCUUUUGCAGGCAGCCUCUUUUUGUUUUUGCCUUUUUUUUUAAUUGGCAGGUGCUAUCUUUCAUGUUUAUUG